AUGUAUUUGUGUACAUUUUGUGUACACUCCCUGGACCUGGACCACCACUCCCUGGACCUGGACCUGGAUUUGGACUACUCCCUGGACCUGGACCCAGAUUUGGACUACCCCCUGGACCUGGACCCAGAUUUGGUCUACUCCCUGGACCUGGACCCAGAUUUGGACUACUCCCUGGACCUGGACCCGGAUUUGGACUACUCCCUGGACCUGGACCCAGAUUUGGACUACUCCCUGGACCUGGACCCAGAUUUGGUCUACUCCCUGGACCUGGACCCAGAUUUGGUCUACUCCCUGGACCUGGACCCAGAUUUGGUCUACUCCCUGGACCUGGACCCAGAUUUGGACUACUCCCUGGACCUGGACCCAGAUUUGGACUACUCCCUGGACCUGGACCCAGAUUUGGACUACUCCCUGGACCUGGACCCGGAUUUGGACUACUCCCUGGACCUGGACCCAGAUUUGGUCUACUCCCUGGACCUGGACCCAGAUUUGGUCUACUCCCUGGACCUGGACCCAGAUUUGGACUACUCCCUGGACCUGGACCCAGAUUUGGACUACUCCCUGGACCUGGACCCAGAUUUGGACUACUCCCUGGACCUGGACCCAGAUUUGGACUACUCCCUGGACCUGGACCCAGAUUUGGACUACUCCCUGGACCUGGACCCAUAUUUGGACUACUCCCUGGACCUGGACCCAGAUUUGGACUACUCCCUGGACCUGGACCCAGAUUUGGACUACUCCCUGGACCUGGACCCGGAUUUGGACUACUCCCUGGACCUGGACCCAGAUUUGGUCUACCCCCUGGACCUGGACCCAGAUUUGGACUACUCCCUGGACCUGGACCCGGAUUUGGACUACUCCCUGGACCUGGACCCAGAUUUGGACUACUCCCUGGACCUGGACCCAGAUUUGGUCUACUCCCUGGACCUGGACCCAGAUUUGGACUACUCCCUGGACCUGGACCCAGAUUUGGACUACUCCCUGGACCUGGACCCAGAUUUGGUCUACUCCCUGGACCUGGACCCAGAUUUGGACUACUCCCUGGACCUGGACCCAUAUUUGGACUACUCCCUGGACCUGGACCCGGAUUUGGACUACUCCCUGGACCUGGACCCAGAUUUGGUCUACUCCCUGGACCUGGACCCAGAUUUGGACUACUCCCUGGACCUGGACCCGGAUUUGGACUACUCCCUGGACCUGGACCCAGAUUUGGACUACUCCCUGGACCUGGACCCAGAUUUGGUCUACUCCCUGGACCUGGACCCGGACCACUCCCUCAGCCCUUUUUCUUGGAAACACAUGGUCCUUUCUUUCAUUUCUAACCAUAAUUAA